CGAUUCAUCUCCGAUUUAACACAAUGGAACCGGAUCCGAAUCGCUCCGUCGGUACUAGUGACUUCCCACUCAAAAAUCCCAUGCCAUCGCCGCCGCCGCCUCCGCCUCCGCCUCCGCCGCCGCCUCCGCCUCCGCCUAGUCCUCAGAUCCCCUCUACCAAGUUGAUCUCCUUCCCCAACGUUGAUGUCUUCGGCAAACUAACUACCAAUCAGCUCAAUGGUCUCAUCUUCCAUUAUUUUCAGGCAAAAGGUUUCAAACACGCUGCAUUUGUAUUUGAAAACGAAGCAAAGAUUGAGAAUAUCCCAAUUGAUGAAAGCACAAUUGGCAAUGGUGCUCUUCCUUCAUAUGUACAUAAAGGUCUUCGAUACACACAACUGGAGGCAAACAUCCAUGCAAGUGAUGCUGAUUCUUUUGUUGAGUGCUAUCGCCUUGAACCUCUGGAUAUUAUCACAAAUAGUGUGGAUGACUUAUCAAAAAUCAUAAAUAAUAUGAAAGUAAAUACUAUGGGGAAGAGAAAACGCAUUGACUAUAGUGUAUCUAACCAAGAGCAAGAAAGCAGCAAACAGAAAAGAAAAAUUGCUGUUUAUGGAGGACCUCAAUCAGUGACCCGCACCCCUGGUUUGCCACCAGUAACUCAUCAAGUUUCUGAUUCAGAUGUAUUUCUUUUGGAAGGACAUAGUUUAGAGGUUUCUGCCUGUGCUUGGAGUCCAACAGAUUCUCUUUUGGCAGUUGGGUCUUCAGAUUCAAUAUCAAGGAUAUGGAAAAUUUCUAAUGACCUCUCCACUAUUUAUAAUUCAAAUCCGGAUGUGCAUUAUCUAAUUCGUCCCGAUGCAAAAAACAAUGGACUAGAUGGUGUCAGCACACUUGCUUGGAACGGAGAAGGAGAGCUACUUGCAACAGGAUCGUUUGAUGGGCUGGCAAGUAUCUGGAGUAAGAACGGUGAAUUACUGGAGAGACUGGAAGAUCAUAGAGCUGUUAUAUUCUUUAUAGGAUGGAACAGAAAAGGUGAUUUUCUCCUUACUGGUUAUGACAACAGAAUUGUUGUUUGGGACACUUGGACAUGGAAGCCUAAGCAAGAAGUAGAAUUUCAUUCAGAACAAUUGCUUGGUGUUGCAUGGAGGAACAAUACUUCAUUUGCUGCAUGUUCAAGGGGCAACAGAAUUUUUGUUUACAACAUCGGAGUGCCCCAGCCAGUCAAAACCUUUUUUGGAUAUCAGGGGGAAGCUCGUGGUAUCAAUUGGAAUCCGACUGGGAGUUUUUUGGCUUCAUACUCUCAUGGCAUGGCCAUAAAGAUUUGGACCUUUGAGCAAGACGAAAGUCUACAUGAUCUGAUGCAUAAUGAGAGUGUAAAUAUUGUUAGAUGGAGCCCUACUGGCCCAGGUACCAACAACCCUAACAAGCCGUACUGUUAUCUCGUUAGUGGCUCCAAAGACAGAACAGUGAGAGUAUGGGAUUGUUUUUACGGGCAGCUCCUCUAUUGCUUCAAUGGUCACAGGGCAUCGAUAGUUGAAUUAGCAUUUCACCCGGAUGGUGAGUAUUUGGCAAGCGCAUCAGUGGAUAAGUGUUUACUCAUAUGGAAUAUCAGAGAUGGGAAAAUUAUGAAGUCCCACAACUCCUGUGACACUUCGAUUUAUAAUCUUUCUUGGAAUAAAGAAGGCAAGCUGAUUACAGCAGGUAAUGAUGGCGGUACUCUCUGCGUGGUUGAUGUAUCUUUUUAAUCUUUCUUAUGUGCUAUGUGAGAUACCAUGCAGAGCUGUUGAAAUGAUUUCCCAGUCAUUGAACAUACAGAUCCUUUUCCUAACACAUUUCCUUUUAAUUGAUUCUAACACAAUUUUCUUUGUCUUUUUUUUUCUCUUGCUCUGAUUGUUCAAUUAGAAACUCAAGUGUUUUCUUGGCACUUUUAGUUUGGCUUUGAGCAUGUUUAAUGUUUUUUGUUGUAAAGCUUGUGGUCUCCUAUAACAUUUUAAAUAUUGUUUUGUGCACCUACAUGCUUCCAGGGAUUUCAUUUAAAGGAACUCCAAAUCAAUGGUUGUAAUCAAUGGUUGUAAUAUUGAGUGCUUGCAAGCAGCCUCUUUUGUAUUGCAGAACCAUCUAAUCAUGGUGUCUUUUUA